AUGUUUGGGCUGGACCAGUUCGAGCCCCAGAUCAACAGCAGGAACGCUGGCCAGGGCGAGAGGAACUUUAACGAGGCCGGACUGAGCAUGAACGCCCACUUUAAGGCCCCGGCUUUCCACGCUGGGGGGCCCCCUGGCCCCGUAGACCCUGCCAUGAGCGCGCUAGGCGAGCCCCCGAUUUUGGGCAUGAACAUGGAGCCGUAUGGCUUCCACGCGCGCGGCCACUCUGAGCUGCACGCGGGGGGGCUGCAAGCGCAGCCGGUGCACGGCUUCUUCGGUGGCCAGCAGCCGCACCACGGCCACCCGGGCGGCCACCACCCCCACCAGCAUCAUCCCCACUUCGGGGGCAACUUUGGCAGUCCGGACCCUGGGGCCUCGUGCCUGCACGGGGGACGCCUCCUAGGCUACGGUGGCGCCGCCGGUGGCCUGGGCAGCCAGCCGCCCUUUGCGGAGGGUUACGAGCACAUGGCGGAGAGCCAGGGGCCGGAGAGCUUCGGCCCGCAGCGGCCGGGGAACCUCCCGGACUUCCACAGCUCGGGUGCCUCGGGCCACGCCGUGCCAGCCCCAUGCCUUCCGCUGGACCAGAGCCCCAACCGGGCCGCCUCCUUCCACGGCCUGCCCGCCUCCAACGGCUCUGAUUCCCACAGUCUGGAGUCCCGGAGGGUGGCGAACCAAGGAGCUGUGGACUCGCUGGAAUACAAUUAUCCGGGCGAGGCGCCCUCGGGACAUUUUGACAUGUUUUCGCCCUCUGACUCCGAGGGGCAGCUGCCUCAUUACGCGGCGAGCCGUCAUGUUCCCGGGGGCGCUUUCCCGGGAGCCUCGGCCCUGCCGAGAGCCGCGGGCAUGGUGGGCUUAUCCAAAAUGCACGCCCAGCAAACGCAGCAGCAGCAGCAACACGGCAUAUUCUUCGAGAGGUUCGGCGGGGCACGCAAAAUGCCGGUGGGCCUGGAGGCGGGUGUGAGCGCCAGACACCCACUAAUGCAGCCUCCACAGCAGGCCCCACCGCCCCCUCUAGUCCGACAAAACUCGUGCCCGCCUGCACUGCCGCGACACCAGCAGGGCGAAGCAGGCACGCCCAGCGGCGGCCUGCAGGACGGCGGCCCCAUGCUGCCCAACCAGCAGCACUCGCAGUUCGAGUACCCCAUCCACCGGCUGGAGAACCGGAGCAUGCACCCUUAUUCCGAGCCCGUGUUCAACAUGCAGCACCCCCCUUCGCAGCAGGCGCCCAACCAGCGGCUGCAGCAUUUCGACGCUCCCCCCUACAUGAACGUGGCCAAGAGGCCGCGCUUCGACUUCCCGGGCAGCGCCGGAGUGGACCGCUGCGCCUCGUGGAACGGGAGCAUGCCCAACGGCGCUCUGGAUAACCACCUCUCGCCCUCUGCCUACCCGGGCCUGCCCGGCGAGUUCACGCCGCCCGUGCCCGACAGCUUCCCAUCGGGGCCGCCCUUGCAGCACCCGGCUCAGGACCACCAGUCUUUGCAGCAGCAGCAACAGCAACAGCAACAGCAGCAACGCCAAAACGCGGCCCUCAUGAUUAAGCAGAUGGCGUCGCGGAAUCAGCAGCAGCGGCUGCGCCAGCCCAACCUGGCCCAGUUAGGCCACCCCGGGGAGGUGGGCCAGGGCGGCCUGGUGCACGGCGGCCCUGUUGGCAGCUUGGCCCAGCCGGCCUUUGAGCGCGAAAGUGGCGGCGCGGGCGCGGGGCGCCUGGGCACCUUCGAGCAGCAGGCGCCACACUUGGCGCAGGAGAGCGCGUGGUUCCCAGGCCCGCACCCGCCGCCUGGAGAUUUGCUGUCCCGCAGGAUGGGCGGCUCAGGCUUGCCUGCUGACUGCGGUCCGCACGACCCAGGCCUGGCGCCGCCCCCUCCGCCCGGCGGCUCAGGGGUGCUGUUCCGGGGCCCUCUGCAGGAACCGCUGAGGAUGCCCGGAGAGGGCCACGUGCCCGCGCUGCCCUCGCCCGGCUUACAGUUCGGGGGCAGCCUGGCGGGUCUGGGCCAGCUGCAGUCGCCCGGGGCUGGGGUGGGGCUGCCCAGCGCGCCCUCGGAGCGCCGGGCUCCGCCGCCGGACUUCGGCGGCGGCGGCGGGGGCGCAUACCCACCGCAGCCCGAGUUCCAGCCCAGCCAGCGCGCCUCAGCCAGCAAGCUGGGCGCGCUCUCACUGGGCUCCUUCAACAAGCCCAGCUCCAAGGACAACCUGUUCGGCCAGAGCUGUCUGGCUGCGCUCUCCACCGCCUGCCAGAACAUGAUCGCCAGCCUCGGGGCCCCCAACCUCAACGUGACCUUCAACAAGAAGAACCCGCCCGAGGGCAAGAGGAAACUGAGCCAGAACGAGACCGAGGGCGCGGCCGUGGCCGGCAACCCGGGCUCGGAUUACUUCCCGGGAGGGACUGCCCCUGGGGUCCCGGGGCCUGGAGGCCCGUCGGGGACCAGUUGUAGUGGCCCCAAAGCCUCGGGGCCGCCCAACCCACCCGCCCCGGGGGACGGCACCAGCCUCUCUCCCAACUACACCCUGGAAUCCACGUCGGGGAACGAUGGCAAGCCGGUCCCCGGGGGCGGCGGCCGAGGACGGGGUCGCAGAAAAAGGGACAGUGGUCACGUGAGCCCCGGGACCUUCUUCGACAAGUACUCAGCGGCGCCAGACAGCGGGGGCGCGUCGGGGGUGAGCCCAGGGCAGCAGCAGGCGCCUGGCGCGGCCGUCGGGGGAGGCCCCGCGGGCGAGGCGCGCGGGGCGCCGACGCCCCACGAGAAGGCGCUCACAUCGCCAUCUUGGGGGAAGGGGGCCGACUUGCUCCUGGGGGACCAGCCGGACCUCAUGGCAUCCCUGGACGGCGGGGCCAAGUCGGACGGUAGCUCCCCGCACGUGGGCGACUUCGCCUCCGAUGAGGUGAGCACCAGCUACGCUAAUGAGGACGAGGUGUCGUCCAGCUCCGACAACCCCCCGGCCCUGGCCAAAGCGAGCAGGAGUCCUCUGGUGACUGGCUCGCCCAAACUCCCGCCGCGUGGGGUGGGCACCGGGGAACACGGACCUAAGGCCCCCCCGCCCCCGCUCGGCCUAGGCAUCAUGUCUACCUCUACCUCGACCCCUGACAGCUACGGCGGGGGCGGGGGCACGGGCCACCCGGGCACGCCGGGACUGGAGCAGGUCCGGACCCCGACAAGCAGCGGCGGUGCCCCGCCACCAGACGAGAUCCACCCCCUGGAGAUCCUCCAGGCGCAGAUCCAGCUGCAGAGACAGCAGUUUAGCAUCUCGGAGGACCAGCCCCUGGGACUCAAGGGCGGCAAGAAGGGCGAGUGCGCCGUCGGGGCCUCGGGCGCGCAGAACGGCGACAGCGAGCUGGGCAGCUGCUGCUCUGAGGCGGUCAAGAGCGCCAUGAGCACCAUCGACCUGGACUCUCUGAUGGCAGAGCACAGCGCCACCUGGUACAUGCCCACUGACAAGGCUCUGGUGGACGGUGCGGACGACGACAAGACGCUGGCGCCCUGGGAGAAGGCCAAGCCCCAGAACCCCAACAGCAAAGAAGCCCACGACCUCCCCACGAACAAGGCUUCGGCGACCCAGCCCGGCAGCCACUUGCAGUGCCUGUCUGUCCACUGCACAGACGACGUGGGCGAUGCCAAGGCCCGUGCCUCUGUGCCCACCUGGCGGUCCCUUCACUCCGACAUCUCCAAUAGAUUUGGGACAUUCGUGGCCGCCCUGACUUGA